AACUGGAUUAUCUGAGUCCACACUGUCAUAUAUUUCAAUUCAAAGCAGAUAAUGUGGGAUUUUAAACAGCUGUGUGGAAGAGGCCUGAGUGUCUGUAUGCGAGAGUGAUCUUGCUCCAGGAGAAACAAGAUGGCGCCGGCGUGAUAGGAAGCGUUUGAAGGAGCUCCGAUAUCUCUGCUGUUAUUAGGCUACCAGGGCACAACAGUUCAUUGUUUUGAACAUUCUUCUAUUCUUAUCUUCUUUGCAAUGGGAAGCAAAAAAAAAAAAACGGACCAGGACAAGCCCUGAGACAGCCAGACCUCACAAGCCCUCUAAACAACUCAAAAUAGAUGAAUUAUUUGGGGAGGAAACCGUGAGUACGCCAGUGUUAAAAACUCUGCUUACUGAUAAUAGCUUUUCAGCUUUGGAUAAUGGAAACAUAUGUUCUUGCAACUUGGCUGGUUAUCAUGAAGGGGUGUCCUUGGAUUCAUCUGGGGCAGAUAUGUCUGGGGAGAAUUUGUCAAUUACAGAGAUACAACAAUAUGCUAAACAACAACAAACAUGCCCACCUGACUUUGUGACAAAACAAUGUCUUCUGACUGUCGACACUGUUGUAUCUAUUUUUGAACAUUUAAAGAAAAUUACAAAACAACUUGAGCUCCUUAAGCUUUCAUUUGAUUCUUUAGUUCAAAAAAAUACAGCUUUAAAAGAAAGCCCAGCGCAGUGGUCUGCCCAGAGCCCAGAGCCCAGAAAGGUGGAUAGGGGCCACUCAGCUGUCCCUACUAAGGAGUUGCAAAAGGAAAGUUGCAACAGGAUCCUACAAGCAAGACAGACAAUGUUGCAAAUUGCUAACAUCAGAGUAAACAAGGGAAGAUGGGGGUCACAAAGGGCCAUCAAAACAUCUUUGAGUCAACUUUUACAUAUACAACCCCACAGCAUUGAUAUACUUAAAGUGGAGUGGCUUCCCCAAGUAGCUGCAGGCAAAAGAAUCCUUCUAACAUUCCAGCAACCCACAAUACCAACUAUGCUGAUGAAGAUGAGAAUUUUCCUGCACAACUUCCAAAUAAGUCCAACACGGGUUUUUCGAGACUUGGACAUCACCCCUCUGAUAACUCCUUUGCAUGCCAGAUGUUUGACCACUCCCAGGGAGACUUCUUGCGAUAACAGACUGCAAUCCAGCCCAGCCAAAAUUUCCAGUAUCUCAACACAGAAACAGUCUAAGGACCCAACUAUUUCAUCCUGCAAUGAACAAUGUGACAUUACAUUUAAGUUGGACCACCUUAAGAACAAGCUGUUUACCACCAAGGACUUGGCUGAACCGUUGAUAAACUUAGUGCCUAUUGAUGAGCCCUCUCAUGUUAGGAGGAACCUGGAGGGAGGCCCUGUAGUCGACCUACUAGCGAUGAAUGAGGAAGAGAUCGCAACCACAUCCCCAAUACAACUUUUGGAACCUAGGAGGGGUAACAACACACCCCCUCCACAAGAACUGUCCUCUAACCUAAAAGUCCCAGUGCAGACUAUGACCCUGGGUAUUGGUGGUGAUCCAGAUUUGCUUACAACAUCUUGACAACUACAUUUGUUAUCCUGGAACAUUAUGGGGUGGUCAAAUAAAUUCCAUGAUGCAGACUGUGCAAUGUAUUUGCAAACAUUUAGAAUAAUUUGUCUGCAAGAGACAUGGGCUGAAGAAGCUAACUUACCUUCUCUUUAUGGUUUUAGAUCAUUCUCAGUUCCAGCUGUAAAAACAAGUUCUAAAGGUCGAGGCAGUGGUGGCCUCACUACACUUAUCUCAGUAGAACUGCAAGUCGACAUCCAACCCUUGGUUAGUACCCACCCUCAAUGCAUACAGGCCCUUCUCGUUAAGUGCAAGCAUUUUGGUGGUUUAAUUUGUAUAAAUGUUUAUUUUCCACCUAGACUAUCAAAAAAUUGAGGCCCUAACAAUGUUUGGUCUAGCCUAUCCGAAACCCUUACGCUAUUAGAAAAUCAAUACCCCUCCACAAAGGUUCUUCUGUGUGGAGACUUCAAUGCCAGAAUUGGGGCAGAAUUGAAACAGGUGGAGGGCACAAAUUUUGGACAAGUCUUCCAGGUUACACCUGCUGCCAGGGUUUCACAAGACUCAAACAGCAACAAAUCAGCAAACAAAAUCAGAGCAAGACUGAUUGCGGACAUUGCAGUCGACUGCGCCGGAGAUGCUUUUAUCUAGUUUUUAACAUGAC